AUGGCACUUAAAGAAUGUGAACUUCAAAUUCUGGCUCAAGAAGUGACAACUAGAAGAGCCAAGGCUGAAGCUGAGACUCUAGGAAUAGCUAAUUUAAGAAAAAAAACCAUUAACGAUGCAAUGUUUAAAAUAAGGAUGCCAGAUAUCGAACAAUCGCAUCCAACUUUUGAAAGUGGCGUUAAUUAUGAAUUCUCAAUUGAAGUUCAA